AUGUCAAACGAACUUAUCCUUUGUAUUUGGGAUCAAUUAACAUCUGCAGAUGUCAUGUAUAGUUUUCUAAAUCUUAAUAUUCGUUUUGAUUCAUUACUGAAAGAAUUUCAUGGACUUUAUAAACAAUUAGAUUUACGUUAUUGUUCAUUAUCAGCUUGUCGAUUCUUUUGUCAUCAAGUAUCAAGUACGAUUGAAUGGCGUCUUGGUCUUACUAUUCUUAAAUUAGGUAAUAUUUAUCGAUGUUCUCAAACGAAUAUGUUUGCAGAUGAAGUGACAAAAUCAAUUGUUACAAAUCAUUUUUCAAAAGAAGAAAGAUCAUGUAAUAAUUCAUCGAAAGAUAUCUUUCAUACCUUAAUGACGUACGAUAAGCAUAUGCGACCAAUAUUUCCUCAAUUGGUUUCUUUUAUUGUUUUCCAAUCUAUAUCGAUUAGUGAAGAUUCUCGAGAUACAUUAUUAUUUGCUGUGGCUGGUACAUCUUCAAUUCGUACAUUUACUUGGAAUGUUUCUUCUAAUCAAACUCAUCAUUCAAGAGCUUUCUUUGAUUGGUUAUUUCGAUGUUCAAUUAAUCUUAUUAACUAUAAAUUACAAACUCCACAAUGUGGAGAGGGUUUUGAACUUAAAUAUAAACAUACAAUCGUUAAUUCUUAUGUUCCUCAUCAUUCUCUCAUUUCUCUCACAAUCAGCAUUCUCAAUUUAAGAACACUUCAUGUACUUCUUCAUUAUCUUCCUCAACUUGAAUAUUUAGGUAAUAAUUAG